AUGGAACCACAUCCACCUGCCGAUGAUGAAGAUGAUCUACUAGAAGCCGAUGACUUUGAUCCUACAGAGGUGUUCACCGUGGAAGAUUUCCUAGCAGAAGAUGAAAUUGUAGAAGAAUUUGUGAUGCAGAUUGGAGAUGGAUUAAAGGCAGACAUCGAAGGAGGAACAUCGUCUGUGACUCGGCGCCGACGACAAAGUGGACCAAGGAGGUACAUACCAAGGAGUCGAGAACAAGGUCAUGAUGAUCUUGUUGCUAAUUAUUUUUCUGCAAAUCCUAUCUACACCGAUGAGAUGUUUCGUAGAAGGUUUCGAAUGAAUAAACCAUUAUUCCUGCGCAUCGUUGAAACUCUUAGUAAUUGGGAUCCUUAUUUUACUAGAAGAGUUGAUGCAACUGGUAGAGAGGGACAUUCACCCCUUCAGAAGUGUACUGCAGCAAUCCGGAUGCUAGCAUAUGGCUCGCCGGCCGACCAACUUGACGACGUCCUAAAAAUUGCUGCAAGCACUUCUUUGGAGAUUCUUGGAAAAUUUGCUGUAGGUGUGAUUGAAUGUUUUGGUCAAGAGUACCUGCGCCCUCCUACAAGUGACGAACUAGAAAAAAUUCUGCAAGAAAAUGAGGCUCGUGGUUUUCCAGGAAUGUUGGGAAGCAUCGAUUGUAUGCAUUGGGCAUGGAAGAAUUGUCCUAAAGGUUGGGCAGGCAUGUUCACACGUGGUGACAAAGGUGUUCCUACUAUGAUUCUUGAAGCAGUAGCAUCUCAUAAUCUUCGUAUCUCGCAUGCUUUCUUUGGUACCGCCGGGUCUCAGAAUGACAUCAAUGUCCUAAACAAGUCACCAUUGUUCAUCAAUAUUCUAAAAGGGGAAGCUCCAAGGGUACAAUACACCGUAAAUGGAAAACAGUAUGAUAUGGGCUACUAUCUCGCUGAUAAAAUAUAUCCAGAAUGGGCGGUCUUCUUGAAAACAAUAACAGCCCCCCAGACCCGUGAAGACAAAUUAUUUGCAUUGAUGCAAGAAGGAGCAAGGAAGGAUGUCGAAUGCGCAUUUGGCGUAUUGCAAUCCCGCUUUGAUAUUGUUCGUCGGCCAGCAAGGUUAUGGAAGCGGGAGGAUGUUAUCAACAUAAUGCAAGCUUGUGUUAUCCUUCAUAAUAUGAUAGUGGAGGAUGAGAAGGAAUUGGCUGGAGUUUCCUUGGAUUUGAAUGAGAAUGCAAGUACGACGAUUGUGCUCCCGCCUGAAGUGCAUACAAGUGAUAACCCCAAUCCAUGCUUCGCGGAGAUCCUCAAGAUUUUCCAGGUGCCCGGGCUGAUCCGUUCUUGGUUGUGCUUGGAGCAGCGGCUGCUGCUGGGCGUCGAUGCGGCACGCUUCCAUCCAGCGGAACAGGAGGUCCUCGGCCGCCGCCUGCUGCCGGAGGUGGUGAUUCGGGCCGCCGGUGACUGCCGGAAGCAAAGAUUUGGAAGGGAAAGCCGGCAUGAGCCAUGGCGCGCGCGCGAUCCGAGACCGUGA